AUGGCGUUCGAGGAGCUUCUGGACAGAGCUGGGGGUAUGGGACUCUUCCAGGUCCUGCAGAUCUGCACGCUGAUUCUCCCUACCAUCUCGUUCCCUUUUCACAUACUUCUGGAGAAUUUCUCAGCUGCCGUCCCAGACCACCGCUGUUGGACCAAUAUGCUGGACAACAGCUCUGAGGUGUUCACCAACCUGACCCACGAGGCCCUCCUAGCCAUCUCCAUCCCAGCUGGCCCCAACCUGAAACCUCACCAGUGCCGUCGCUUCCGCCAUCCACAGUGGCAGUUUCUGGACCCCAAUGCCACAGCUGCCAACAGGAGUGAGGCUGUGACAGAGCCAUGUGUGGAUGGUUGGGUCUAUGACAACAGUACUUUUUCAUCUACAAUUGUAACCAAGUGGGACCUGGUGUGUAACUCCCAGAGCCUGAAGCCCCUGGGCCAGGCCAUCUACAUGGCUGGUCUCAUGGCAGGAUCUGUGUUCUGGGGCUUUCUCUCCCACAGGCUGGGGCGUAAGCCGAUGCUGAGCUGGUGCUUCCUGCAAGUGGCUAUGGGUAGUGCUGGAGCCAUCUUGGCUCCCAACUUCUUCAUCUACUGUGGUCUUCGGUUCCUGAGUGCCUUUGGGAUGGCUGGUGCCUUUCUGGCCCAGUUCGCACUGACGGUCGAGUGGACUACGGUGCACAGGAGGGAUGUUGCCAUGACAAUCCUGUGCAGCAUUUCCAGCAUGGGCCACAUAGUCUUGGCAGGCCUGGCCUUUGCUCUGCGGGAUUGGCGAAACCUCCAGCUGGCUGUGUCCAUCCCCUUCUUGGCUGCAUUCCUGCUGUCCUGGUGGCUACCAGAAUCCGCCCGAUGGCUGAUUAUCAUAGGCCAACCAGAGAAAGCACUUCGGGAACUCCAGAAGGUAGCCAGGAUAAAUGGCCACAAGGAAGCCAAGAAGACACUGACCAUAGAGGUGCUGACAUCUAGCAUGGCCAAAGAGGCAACCAAGACACAGCAAUCUGUGCUCGACCUGUUUCGCCAGCCUGUGCUUUGCCAGAGAACCUGCGCCAUGAUUGUGGUGAACUUCUCCCUAAUGUUGUCCUACUAUGGCCUGGUCCUGGACCUGCAAAGCCUGGGCGGAAACAUCUUCCUCUUGCAGACCCUCUUUGGUGUUAUGGACUUCCUGAGCCGAGCCACAACCAUCCUAUUGCUGAGAUUCCUGGGCCGCCGCAUGACCCUGGUGGGCUUCCAGGUCCUGGUGGGGGUCUGCAUCUCAGCCAAUGCCCUGGUGCCACAAGACCUUCAGACUCUGCGUGUGGCCCUGGCCAUCCUGGGGAAAAGCUGUUUCGGUGUCUGCUUGACUUCUCUCCUUUUGUACAUCGCAGAACUCUUCCCAACAGUGGUGAGGGUGACAGCAAAUGGCUUCCUGAACUCUGUGGGCCGCCUAGGGAGUAUAAUAGGCCCUUUGAUUAAGAUGGCCAGCCAGGUCCUGCCCCUGUUGCCACCCCUCACCUAUGGAGCUCUCCCCAUCCUUUCUAGCCUGGUCUUCCUGCUCUUCCUCCCAGAGACCCAGGGAAUUCAACUCCCAGACACCAUCCAGGACUUGGAGGGCAGGUCAUCCACAACCAAGAGUAGCCAGCAAGAGGUGGUCAUUAUGGAAAGCACCUGGUUCUAG